AUGAAUAGUACCGAGAUGAGUCCCACUAGAAAGAUCUUGUACUUUUUGCAGCAGCUUCAUCUUUCGCGUAUGUCAAAAAAAGCAGAGGCAGAUUCUGCUAAAAAUGAUCUACCAGCACCCCAUAAGAAAUCCAAAAGAUUAUGUUCUUUGGCUCUAGCACAGAGUGCAGCCAACUCUAGUUCACUAGAAAGCUUAAAUUCAAUACAAAGCAGUGAGUCAAAUGAGAAAGUUAAGCAUGCUUUCACACAGGCGAACCUUCAGAAAAUACAUAGAGACAAUCGUAAUAAAAUACUUAAAGAAAGAACCAUUCCUGCUAUUUCUAAACAGUGCCAGAAGAAAUUUGCUAAAUCUCUUAAAAAGGCAUUAAAGAGAAAUAAUGCUCUUAAAGUGGCCUAAUAAAUGUAAAUAGCAUUAUCUAAGUAUAGCU